AUCAUUACAUAAUAAUAACAAACAAACAACUCGUGGAUCAACUUCUUUAGCCAAUAAUCUGUUUUUCUUAGUGGUUGACAUCACUAGAAAAAAAGAUAAUGUCGUCAUUUUUCGGCCAAAGAAACGUGUAUUUAUUGCGAAAAUAUUUGCAUCCUCAACGUUGUAUUGUCACCCGUCGGCGACUACUGUCCACCAAUCGUGAUGUGGUUCGCGUCCGAUUUGGUCCGUCGCCGACCGGUUAUCUUCAUUUAGGUGGUUUGCGGACAGCAUUUUUCAACUAUUUGUUUGCCAAACAACAUCAUGGUAGUUUUAUUUUGCGCAUCGAAGACACGGAUCAAGACAGAAUAGUUGCCGACUCUCUACAGAAUAUCGUAGACAUGUUAUUGUGGACAGGAUUGGUACCCGACGAAGGACCGCACGUUGGCGGCCAAUACGGACCAUAUUUGCAGUCUCAACGAACCGAACUCUAUCGGGAAAUGAUUGACAAAUUGUUGGCCACUCCUGUUGUUUAUCGAUGUUUCUGUUCGGAGAUGCGAUUGAAUUUACUUCGGAAAGAACAGCUGAAGAAUCGAGAGACUGUUAAAUAUGAUAACCGAUGUCGACAUUUGACGCAAAAAGAAAUCGAUGAAAAGUUAGCCAACGGUGACAAGUUUACGGUUAGACUUAAACUGAAAUCAGGUUCAGUGACAUUUGAUGAUUUAGUUUAUGGUCGUCGAUCGUUUGACUUAUCGAUGACCGAAUCGGAUCCGAUUUUGAUGAAGAGCGACGGAUUGCCUACCUAUCACUUUGCCAAUGUUGUCGACGAUCAUCACAUGAAUAUUACUCAUGUGUUGAGAGGCGCCGAAUGGCAAGUCUCGACACCGAAACAUCUGAUGCUUUACGAAGCGUUCGGUUGGACUCCGCCUGUGUUCGCACACUUACCGCUACUACUCAACAAAGAUAACACUAAACUAUCUAAAAGACAAAACGAUAUCCGAAUUGAUUACUAUAGAGAUCACGGCUAUUAUCCGGAAACAUUGUUAAACUUUUUAACCACUUUUAGUUCGGGUUUUACCCAUCGAACCACCGAAGAUACAGUCGACAGACUUGACGAUCUGACCAAAAUGUUUAGCAUUGAACGGGUUAACACCAAUCACGGAAAGAUUGAAACCGAAAAACUUAAAUUAUUAAACAGAUAUUCAAUAUAUUGGUAUCUGAAUAAUGGUUACGAAAAUAAAUUGAUCGAUGAAUUGAAAUGUUUACUUAAAGAGAAAUUUGGAUCAACUAAUGAACUAAAUCUUGAUGAAAAUUAUCUAUUGUUUUUAAUUUCGUGGAGUAAAGAAAGAAUAUUUACAUUGAAAGACCUAUUAAGUGAAGAGUUCUUGUAUUUGUGGAAAGUUCCCGAUUUUAGUUGGAAUGUCAAUCAAGUGGCCACAGCUGAGGAAUGCGCUAAAGUAUUGGAAACAGUUAUAUAUCUAUUGGAAAAUUUGAAUGAAAACGAUUGUAAUGCUAAAUAUAUUUAUGAAAUAAUUCGCAAUGAAUUUAAUGACAAAUUUGUAAAUGUUAUAAAAUUCAAAAAGUUUAUGAAAAUUUUACGCCUAUCGCUAACUAAUAUUGAGGCCGGUUCACCAAUAGGUGAGACUGUGGUAUUAUUGGGUAGGAAUCGGUCCAUAGAUUAUCUUAAAAGUGCUAUAAGUUAUAUCAACACAUAUCGAUCGGGUACUUCAACGGCCAGCCAGGGACCCAACUAUUCAAAUAAUGAUACAAAUAUAAGCAUUAAUAAUAAAAUUUAG